UGGCUUUAGCUGGGGACUCUUGCUUCUCUGCUGAGAAAUGGCAUGGCUGAAGAAGGUCGCCUUGGUUUUCAGGAUAUGAAUAAAGGUGUGGAAUUUGUAUCACGCAGUGAUCUCGACAGCGUUUGACCCAGCAAUUAGAGAAGAUGUUUGCUGUACACUUAGUGGCUUUUUACUUUACAAAGCUAAAAGAGGAUCAGAUCAAAAAGGUUGAUCGGUACCUCUACCACAUGCGCCUCUCUGAUGAUGUCCUACUUGAUGUGAUGAAACGCUUCCAGGCAGAGAUGGUGAAAGGCCUGGGAAGAGACACCAACCCAACAGCAACUAUAAAAAUGCUGCCAACGUUUGUGCGAUCAAUUCCUGAUGGCUCAGAAAAGGGCGAGUUCCUGGCUUUAGACUUGGGAGGCUCCAAAUUUAGAGUCCUGAAGGUCAAAGUGUCUGAAGAUGGGAAGCAAAAUGUUCAGAUGGAGAGUCAGUUCUACCCAACACCAAAAGAAAUCAUACAUGGGAACAGAACAGAUCUGUUUAAAUAUGUUGCUGAGUGUCUCACAAACUUCAUGGAGACCAAGAACAUAAAGCACAAGAAAUUGCCUCUUGGCUUUACCUUUUCUUUUCCUUGUAGGCAGACUAAAUUAGAGGAGGGUGUGUUGCUUUCUUGGACAAAACACUUUAAAGUCCGAGGACUGCAGCAGACAGAUGUGGUGAGCUCUCUCUGCACAGCCAUCAGGAAACACCAGGAUAUUGAUGUAGAUGUCUUAGCCUUGGUAAAUGACACAGUGGGAACAAUGAUGACCUGUGGAUAUGAUGAUCAGCGGUGUGAAGUUGGUGUUAUUAUUGGAACAGGCACGAAUGCUUGCUAUAUGGAGGAAAUGAGCAAUAUCGACCUUGUGGAAGGUGAUGAAGGACGGAUGUGCAUCAACACUGAAUGGGGAGCCUUUGGAGACGACGGCUCACUGAGCGACAUCAGGACGGAGUUCGACAAGGAGAUUGACUUGGGUUCUAUUAAUCCUGGGAAACAACUAUUUGAGAAGAUGAUUAGUGGAUUGUAUUUAGGAGAACUUGUCAGGCUGAUCCUUCUGAAAAUGGCAAGGGAAGGCUUACUUUUCAAUGGGAAGUUAUCAACGGAUCUCUGUACCAAGGACAAGAUUGAGACAAGGCAUGUCGCUGCCAUGGAAAAAUAUAAAGAAGGCCUGAACAAUACUAAAGAGAUUUUGACAGAACUGGGCCUGUCCCCAUCUGAAGAAGAUUGCAUUGCUGUACAGCAUGUCUGCACCAUUGUUUCUUUCCGUUCUGCAAACCUUUGUGCCUCAGCCUUAGCGGCCAUAUUGACACGCCUUCGUGAAAAUAAAAAACUGACUAGGCUCCGAACGACGGUUGGCAUGGAUGGAACUUUGUAUAAGACGCACCCUCAGUAUGCUAAGCGCCUCCAUAAAGUAGUCAGAAGGCUAGUCCCCAACUGUGACGUCCGGUUCCUGCUCUCUGAGAGUGGCAGCGGGAAAGGGGCUGCAAUGGUCACUGCAGUUGCCUACAGGUUAUUAUCCCAGCGCAAACAGAUUGAUGAGGUCUUGGCAUACUUCAGAUUGACCAAAGAGAACCUCAGAGAAGUAAAAAACAAAAUGAGGAUGGAACUGGAGAAUGGCCUGAGGAAAGCGACGCAGCCUACAGCUACAGUGAAAAUGCUGCCAACUUUUGUCUGUGGAACUCCAGAUGGAACAGAAAAAGGAAAAUUCCUUGCCCUUGAUCUUGGAGGAACAAAUUUCAGAGUUUUGCUUGUAAAAAUCAGAAGUGGAAGAAGCAAAUCGGUCCGAAUGUAUAAUAAAAUUUUUGCCAUUCCGCUGGAAAUUAUGCAAGGAACAGGGGAAGAGCUGUUUGAUCACAUUGUUCAGUGCAUCGCAGAAUUUUUGGAGUAUAUGGGCAUUAAAGGUGCACGACUCCCUCUUGGCUUUACAUUUUCUUUCCCCUGCAGGCAAGCAAGCAUUGAUAAGGGAGCUCUCGUUGGCUGGACAAAGGGGUUUAAGGCAACAGACUGUGAAGGAGAGGAUGUUGUUGAUAUGCUUAGAGAAGCUAUUAAACGAAGGAAUGAAUUCGAUUUGGAUAUUGUAGCCGUGGUCAAUGACACUGUUGGGACCAUGAUGACAUGUGGUUAUGAAGACCCAAACUGUGAAAUUGGCCUCAUUGCAGGAACAGGCAGUAACGUGUGCUACAUGGAAGACAUGAAGAACAUAGAAAUUGUCGAAGGAGACGAAGGCAGGAUGUGCAUCAAUACAGAAUGGGGAGGAUUUGGGGAUAAUGGCUGCAUUAAUAAUCUCAGGACAAAAUAUGAUAAAGAAGUGGAUGAAGGGUCAUUAAAUCCUGGGAAACAGAGGUAUGAGAAGAUGACUAGUGGAAUGUACUUGGGUGAAAUAGUGAGGCAGAUUUUGAUUGACUUGACAAAGCAAGGCCUUCUCUUCAGAGGUCAGAUUUCAGAAACGCUGAGGACCAGAGGAAUAUUUGAAACCAAAUUCCUGUCUCAGAUUGAAAGUGACCGGCUUGCCUUGCUUCAAGUGAGAAAAAUCCUGCAACAGCUUGGUCUUGACAGCACUUGUGAUGACAGUAUCAUUGUAAAGGAGGUGUGCGGCUGUAUUUCUAAGAGAGCAGCUCAACUUUGUGGAGCCGGACUGGCGGCUGUUGUCGAGAAGAUAUGUGAGAACAGGAACCUGGAACACCUAAAAACCACUGUAGGCGUGGAUGGCACCUUGUACAAACUACACCCACAUUUUUCUAGGAUCCUGCAGGAAACUGUGAAAGAACUGGCACCUCGGUGUGACGUGACUUUCCUGCUUUCUGAAGAUGGGAGUGGAAAGGGUGCUGCCCUAAUUACUGCCGUUGCAAAGAGAAUGCACAGUGUUGCUGAAAACUGACCCAGUGAUUACAGCCCGGACAGUGAAUGUGGUAGAGAUUUGUUGAGAGGCCUUAUGAAAGCAACUGAGCUAGAUGUCCAAAAGCGGUACUUGCUUGUGUUACUUGCUUGUGGCAAGCUGUGGGAGCAGAAAAUCUGUCAAAACCAAUAUAGGUAUUUGGCUAGAUACGAACACAGAAAGCUUCUGAGCUUCCUGAUGUUUUGAGAGAUGAUCAUAUACUUGAUAUUUCUGUGCCAUGCCUAAUACUGUCCAUAAUACGGAACAGGCAGGCCAUGUAAUAUAAUCUUUUCACCAGAUUGAUUUCUUCUAAACAUAUUUAUGUGCUCUUCUAUUUCCCAUUCAAUGCGGUUCUCAUGUACUACGUUAGUCAGAACUUGGCUGGGUAAAGUAAGUAUUCUGUUCCUGUGCAGCUCUCAGCUGGUCCUUUUCCCCCCUAUUUUUUUAUUGUUCCCUUUAAAAGGAAAACAAAGUUGAAAUAAAUUAAUGUUUUCUCUCCCCCUCCCCCUGCCAACAAAGUGUACUCUUCAGCGAAUUGCUUAUUGAUAUUUUUGUUUCAUUGCAUGUAUGUGGUUUUUUUAUGGGGUGAACACUGUUGUACUAGGCCUAACUGGUAAUUCCCAGAAACUACUGAAUCAAAAUGAAAUCAUACUUCACACACACCCUCAUGAAAAGGAAAUGGUAUCAUGUAAUUGUAUAUUCUGUGAAUAAAGGAUGUCAGGUUGGAAAAGAUUA